GGCCUCUCUCUGGUGCCCUAUUGUUUUCCAUACAGCAUCUUGUUUACAAGAACCUCAGUCAAAGUGAAUUCCCAGCACUGGAAGUUAUCUUGUCUUUGGUGCAGGACUUGUGUAUGCUUUUUCUUACUGCAAUUUGCAGCACCUCGCUUCAUACUCUUCCGUUUGCAGCAUGUCCUUGAGUCUGUUUUCAUAUGUGAAUGGUGGUAAACUUUAAGGGCUGCCUUGAAGUUGAUAGCUAUACCAGACUGAAUAGCUGAAAUCCACGUUCUCUAGUUUAAUAACUGAAGUUAUCAGCUCCCCUCUCCCAUGAUUUUCUAUUUUGUACAUACAUUGUUUUGUAUAUACUGUAUAUGAUGACUUCGGUGGGCAGUGAACGUAGCCGGGGCACUCGGGACAAAACACAGAUUUCAACCACACAGCCAACACAACCACAGAAACAAGUAGUACAGGCAACAGCAGAACAGAUUCGCCUCGCUCAGAUGAUCUAUGAUAAGAAUGAUGCAGAUUUUGAAGAUAAAGUGAAACAACUUAUGGAAGUGACGGGGAAGAACCAGGAUGAAUGCAUAGUGGCGCUACAUGAUUGUAAUGGGGAUGUGAAUAGAGCAAUCAACAUACUGCUGGAAGGAAGCUCAGACACAACUUCAUGGGAGACUGUAGGGGGAAAGAAGAAAAGCCUUGGAAAAGAGAGUUCAGAAAACAAAGAGAACAGAGAAAAGCGAGGGGACAGAGAAGUGAGCCGUGGACGGGGAAGCUCCAACAGACGGGGAAGAGGAGGCAGCCGUGGCCGAGAAUUUCGAGUAGAAGAGAAUGGAGUGGACAACAGUCAAGGGGAGAGGCCUUCAGACCGUGGGAAGCGUGGUCGUGGGAGAGGGUUUGGACGUGGCAGAGGGCGAGGAGCUGGGAGAUUUUCAGCCCAAGGCAUGGGGACAUUUAACCCUGCAGACUACACGGAGACUUCUGCCACAGAUGGCUUUGGGCCAAAACCAGAAGUUUGGGAGACUGGUCAGAAUGAUGCAGAUGAUGGAACUGAGCCAGCCCAGAGUGGACAUUAUCUUGCUCAGGACCUGCCAAAUAAUUGUGGACUCCAAGGAGCAUGGAAGAAUUCGAUAGAAGAAUGGACGGCAGAAGACUGGAAUGAAGAU